AUGGAGACGCAAUUGUUGAUUUUCUCUUCACCUGUUCUUAAUUUCGGAAUUUUCAUUUCCUUUUUCCUUUCUUUCCCAUCAAUCGCCUUCUCUCAAAAAGAUUUUCCCGGCAAAAACCCACCCCCUCCGCCACCGCCGUCUUCGCCGCCGCCGUUUUCCCUUUUUCCUCCUCCGCCGCCGCCGCACCAGCCGCUUUUAUCCCCUCCGAACACCGGCGUUACUGCUCAAUCGCCGGCGCCUCAUCCUUCAACAAACCCACGUCCUCGGCCGCCGCCGCCUCCUUGGUCGCCGCGGCGGUUGCCACCUCCGGCGGCGGCGCCUCCGAUUGACCAUGAAUUGGCUCCAUUAGAAAGUCCGGCGACGGCGAUGAAGGAGGAGAUUAAUCAGGGGAAGAAAAUCGGGUUGAUUUUUCUGGGUGUUGCAGGUAUUUUGCAGAUUGUUGUGAUUUCAUUCUUGAUUAUCAAGAGAAAGCAAUUGCUUAAGAACUAA